AUGUCAAAAUCAACCGGUACAGUCCUUGUGACUGGUGGUACCGCAGGGAUGGGCUAUGAAUGUGCCCUGAAAAUCGCCCAGCAAUGUCCCCAAUAUCAAGUUCUGAUUGCCUCGCGCUCCAACAAUGACAACGCUGCCGUAUCAAUCAACCAAAGAACAGGUCACCGCAACGUCGAAUAUCUCACGCUUGACCUAUCCAAUCUGGUCAGAGUCCGUUCCUUCGCCGCGGACUACGCGAAAAAGGGCUAUCCACAGAUUAAAGCCCUUGUUCUCAAUGCUGGUUUGCAAAUCCUUGAUCUCAACUACACAGAAGACAAGAUCGAGUCCACUUUCGCAAUCAAUCACGUUGGGCAUGCCCUGCUUUUCUACCUCAUGAGAACAUACCUUGCUGAAGAUGCACGCAUUCUCAUCACUUCCAGUGGAACCCACGAUCCAGCUCAGAAGUCUGGGCUUCCGGACGCGGUAUACAAUUCGGCCGAGGAAUUAGCUCAACCUACCAAGGAGACCGGGAAAUACUCCGGGAGACAACGCUACGCCACGAGCAAGCUCUGCAACAUUAUGUGGAUGUACGCUUUGCACAGACGGCUGGAAAGAACUUCAGGCAAGAAGUGGACGGUCAACGCUUUCGACCCUGGUUUGAUGCCCGGGACCGGCUUGACGAGAGAAGCUCCAGCAAUUCUGCAAUUCAUUUGGCACAAAAUCAUGCCCCGGACCAUUUGGCUGCUGCGACUACUCGUCUCUCCGAACAUCCAUUCGCCUCGGGAUUCUGGGGCCUCGCUUGCACGGUUGGCUGUAGGAGAUGAUGUGAAACAAGUCAGUGGAAAGUAUUACGAGGGCCAAAGACCGAUACCGUCCAGCAAGGACAGCCAAGUGGUAGAGAAGCAGGAGGAUCUGUGGGAGUGGACUGUAGAACGGGUCGCAAAGGAUGAUCAAGAGAGGCGCGAUUUUGAGAAUGUCUAG